AUGAUCAUGACCAAUUAUGUAAAUAUUCUACGGUAUUUAUUAUUACUUCAAAUUGGAUCAAUUGCAAUACAAGACGAUCAAUUUUUGACGAAAGAAUGCAAUAAAUUAAAAUGUGACAAUAGCACGGAAUAUUGCAGGGUGAAAACGGACUGUUAUGAAGUCAAUUCAAAUUGCGUUUACUGUGAAAAACGAACUAACGAUAUUGAACAUUUGAGUUCGUCAAAUAAUCAACAACAAGAGCCAUCACCAAUUGCAAAUCGUUUAUUGGCUAAAUCUCGUACAAAACUUCUCGCUGAUAAUAGAAAUCCAAUUUCAUCGGCAACAAUAAAAACAACAACCAAAGUAUCACAGGAAUACGAAGAUGAAUAUUUGACAUAUGACGAUCAAGAAGAUGAUGAGUUUGGAGAAGAAGACGAUUAUCUAGAUGAUUAUAACAUCAAUAUAGAAACGAGCUUAGAUAACAAUUUACCGUUAAUACCAGUAAAAAAACCAGGCGUAUGCCCAAAAGUUGAUAAAACAAUAAAACUAAACAACCGAGAUAGUUGCAAAUCAUUUGCUGAAUGUCGUUUUGAUACAGAUUGUUCAGCUGAGUUAAAAUGCUGUGAAAACAAUUGUGGUACACGAAGCUGUCUCACACCAACAGAAACUAAAACUGCUUCAGUUUGUUCUCAAUCGCUCAAUUGCUCGUUAAAUUGUUCACUUGGCUAUCAGACAGAUAGAGAUGGAUGUUUAAUUUGUGAAUGUCAAUCGUGUCCACCGAUGAUCGGAUGCAAUAAAAAUUGUCCACAAGGUUAUUUGAAAGAUUUAUUUGGUUGCAGUAUAUGUGAAUGUUCAGAUCAAUGUCCAAAUUUUGUGUGUAAUCUUGAUUGUUCAAAUGGUGGUUUUGAACAAUCAGAUACCGGUUGUCCGCUAUGUCGAUGUAAUCAAAUAGAUUAUACACAGUGUCAGCAAGAUGUACAUUGUCCACCAGGUUUUAAAUGUGUAAAUGAAAGAAGCCCACAAUGUUUUGCCAUUGAUGGUUUCAAAUGUCCAAUUAUACAGACUUGUAAAGCAAUUCAAGCUGUUUCAUGCGUUGAUAUUCGUAAAAAGUGUUCUAUAAAAUGUCUAAAUGAUAAAUAUCAAUUGGAUAACAAUGGAUGCGAAGUGUGUGCAUGUCCAAUGCCUAUACGUCCAUCUGAAUGUCCACAAGUCAAAUGUCGUUCAACAUGCGAAAGUGGUUAUGAAUAUGAUAAUGACGGUUGUCAAACGUGUCGAUGUGCCACAGAUAUUUUAAUACCAAAAUUACCAGAACCAUGGCCAAAUAAUGACAAUAAAAAAGAUGAGAUUGAAUGUUCAAAAAUUCAAUGUCGUAUGCACUGUCAACAUGGAUUUAAAAAGAAUGAAUAUGGGUGUGAAAUUUGUUUAUGUAAUGAUGCACCACAACUAACUCAACAAUGUCCGAUGGUUGCUUGUAACACACAAUGUUCAAAUGGUUACAAAAAAGAUUCAAACGGUUGCGUAACAUGUACAUGUAAUGAUCAAAAAACAGAUAUUGAAACAUUUGAUGAUCCUUGCCCACCGUUACAAUGUAAUCAAAAUUGUAAAUAUGGUUAUGAACGUGAUACAUUUGGAUGCCAAUUAUGUUCAUGUAACAAAUGUCCAUUGCAUACCUGUCGAAUGUUUUGUCCAUAUGGUUUUAAGAAAAAUGAAGAUGGCUGUGAUAAAUGUGAUUGUGAUUGGACACCAAUUAUAGAUCAAAUUCCAUGUAGUUUGAGAGAUCCUUGUGGACCGAACUAUGUAUGCAAUUUAGAUCUUUUAACGUGUGAAGCAGUAUCAAGUGAUAAGAUAAAUUAUUUUGUUUACAAUUUUGAAGUAAAAACAUUUUUUAACGAUAAAUCAUUCUUAAAUACGUUUAAGAAUGGCUUUAUUCAAAAUGUCGCUUCAAAAUAUGAAUUGAUGCCACCUCAAAUUCUUGUCACAAGGGUUGAGACGGAUGGUCAGACUGAAUUUCAAGUCAUGCCCUAUUUUCAAGAAGACAAGGAUGAUUUUCAAAAGAAAAUGGAUCAAAUCGAUGCCGAUAUGCAAAAUCAAGCAUUUCAAAGCGUUUUACCAUCAGUUGCCAAUAAUAAUAAAUGGCAACGACCGGGUAUUCCUCGUCCAUAUAGCUCGUUAUGGCAACGAAAUCGUCUAAUAAUUAUACUGACUGGACUUCUACUAACAUUGGUGGCAUUAAUAGUCGUUACGGUAUUUUUCAUCGUGUUUCGACAUCGCUUACGACACACUGUUCGAUCAGAGCAUGAUCAAUUUGCAGUUCAUGCACCAGAUGGUACGGCCUAUGUUGUUGUUGAAAGUGAAGAUAUACAAGCACCAUCUGAUAAACGUGCACUCGUCUAA